GCGCGUCUCGCUUCUUCUCCCUCGUCCGCGCAAAAACGUUCGAGGAAACGAUAAUCGAGGAAAAAUUAAAAGCCUAGAAAAUUUUGCACGAAGCAAAUACAAGUAAAAUUGAGACUUUUUUUGUUUCACGCGGGAGGCGACUCGACGAUUAAUUUACGUCUGAUUGAAGCGAGCUUAGAAAAAAAAAAAAAAACAACAACGCGCUGUCAUGUCGAAGAUAACCGGCUACGACACACACGACGACGGUCCGGGAUUCGUCGGUAUUCGAUUUUGUCAGGAAUGCAACAACAUGUUGUAUCCGAAAGAGGAUAAGGAGAACAAGGUGCUCAUGUACGCGUGCAGAAACUGUGACUUCAAGCAACUGGCGGACAGUAACUGCAUCUAUGUGAACAAGAUCAUGCACGAAAUAGACGAGCUGACGCACAUUGUCGCCGACGUAAUAUCGGAUCCUACAUUGCCGAGAACCGAGGAACAUCCAUGCCCGAAGUGCAGUCACAGAGAAGCUGUAUUUUUCCAGGCACAAACUAGGCGAGCUGAAGAAGAAAUGAGACUGUAUUACGUGUGCACAAAUCAACAUUGCUCCCACAGAUGGACGGAGUGAAAGAAUUAUCUCUCCGUGGGAUUCGUGUUGCUUCUUCUCUUGCUACUUUUGUAUAUAAACAAUCAAAUAGUUAAAAUUAUAUGUAAACGCUAUUAUA